CAGCUGAUCUACACAAAGCCGCAGGGCACAGACAACAUUAGUGAUUCCUAUCGCGUAAAGCGUAAAGCGUACCUUUAAAUCCUUAAUACUAGUGAUCUAUACUCAAGUUUCAAUCGGGAGAAAAACUAAGAAUCAUGAUCUUCAAAUAUUCAUGAUAUUGUCAUGUUUAGUUUUUCGCAGUAAGUGCAGUAUCGUUAGCUUGAAAAAUGUACUCGCUUCGAGAAACUCUGGAAAUGGUGAAAAAGCUUGAUGCGGAGAAAAAAGGGAAAACACAGAAUAUAUCCAACAGUUCUACUGCUACAGGGGCCUUGUCUACAUGUUCCCAAUCUGCAUCAUCAUCAGCUCCAGCAACAUCCUUGUCGACAUGUUCCCAAUCUGCAUCAUCAUCAGCUCCAACAACAUCCUUGUCGACAUGUUCCCAAUCUGCAUCAUCAUCAGCUUCAGCAACAUCCUUUUCAAAUACACCCACACUAACUUUAGUUUCAAAACAAAUUAUGACUUUCACCACUUCAAAAAUGAUUGCAUCAGCAGCCUCAUCAGUAGAAUCAUCAGCAACAUCACCAGCAACUUCAUUAGCAACAUCACCAGCAAAUUCAUCAGCAACAUCACCAGCAGCAACUUCAUCAGCAACAUCACCAGCAACAUCAUUAGCAACAUCACCAGCAACUUCAUUAGCAACAUCACCAGCAAAUUCAUCAGCAACAUCACCAGCAACUUCAUCAGCAACAUCACCAGCAACUUCAUUAGCAACAUCACCAGCAACUUCAUUAGCAACAUCACCAGCAAAUUCAUCAGCAACAUCAUUAGCAACAUCAUCAGCAACUCUCACUUCUAACUCACGGUUAAAUGAUUUUCCGGUUAUCCCGGAGAACACGCAUUUAUGUACACCUAGAGACCUAGACACAGAUGAACCAACUUCAACUUCAAGUAGUUUACAGUCAAAUUUAGAUGUAAAUUUUCUAAAAAGUUUUGUUCAUAUUGCUCUGAUGACUGAUGAUAGUGACAAGGACAGUAGUGAUAUGGAGGUUGGCAGUGAUAACAAGGUUUCUAAUGUCUCCAGAGGAACAGUAGAGGUUGAUUCAAUCCCAGAGUUUAUUUCCCAAGAACCUAUCAUUGAAAAUGAAACAUUGAACAUUAAAAACAGAUCCAAAUUAAAUAUAGGAUGUGUUGGUAUAACAAAUAGAGACAGUCACAAGAUUGUGGAUUUACAGAAACAAAGUUCUCUACACCAACUCACCACAGAUGUCCCAGACACAACAAAAUCAUUAGACCAGAGAAAUCAACCUUUCUCCUAUUUUGAUGAUACCAACCAAACUAAGAUAAUUAAAGAGGAAGAUGAUGAGAUACAGGAGCUACAGGUUCUUCCUGUUAUCACCAAUUCAUUCUCAUUACACAAUGGGGAUACAGAGUUCGAAAUUGAAAUCGAUAAUGCUGAAGAGAGUUCAAAUGACAGUCAUCCUUCUAUAAGUCAAGUAAAUAUUCGAACUGAUCUCAAAAUUUUACUUCAACCAUUAGAUUUAAAAAUAUUGAAAUAUUUUCAAUCAAAAGAUAAAAAUAAUACAAAGAUUGGAGAUCCAAAAUGUACUGCAACAUCUCUACCCAACCAAUCUAAAAGUCAUAAAUGUGAUCCCAAAAGUUUGAAUUCUGUGAGAAAGUCUAAACCUGAUGCUGCUCCAAACCUCAUCCCUAAGGUUAACCCUAAGCUUAAAAAAAGAAAGCUAGCGAGUAAAUCUAAACCUGAAUCUGAAACAUCGAAACAAUCUGUUCCCAAAACUAAGUUCAACUCUAUAAAUACUAAUCAAUGCAUACAUUGUAAACUCUCAACAGAAUCCAAACUGGCUCUUCACCAUCAUCUCAUGACGCAUAAGAAUAUUUCAUGCAAUAUCUGCUCCCAGGACGGUUUCAACAUUAUCACGAUGAGUUCUCAUAUCUGGAGUAAACAUGAACUGUACUAUUGCUAUUACUGUGAUAUUACUAUGCCUGAUCGCCAGCUAAUGAAGGAACAUUGUAUUUCUGAGCAUUCUGUAGAACGUCGUGUUUGCCAUGACUGUCCACAGCUUCUUACGAGGUUUUCUAUUAGGAAGCACAAGAAAGCCCAUGAAGAUGAAAGAAGGAUGAUAGAACUGAAUAAAACCCCGACUGAAUCUAAUAAACAGGAUCUAAAGAAAUCCCCAGAAAACCCUGUACGGCUAAAGAUCUGCAAGUUCUGUGAUGAAAAACAUAAUCCUGACACCUCUAAGAAGCUGCAUCUAGAAUCCUGUUCUGUCAAGAUGUUCUAUGAUGAAUCUAUCUUUACCUGCGCCAAAUAUAAAUGGCAAAGGUUUGACAUCUUCCCCAAAAAGUUAAAAUUGGAAUUUCAUGGAUUUGAUGACAGCGAUUUGGUUGGAGUAAAAAAUCCCUAUGAUUUUUACUUUGCCAAUGGGAAGAGUGCAUUUAAAAAACUUGAAAGUAAAAAAGAGAAAUUUAUCCUUGGUUACAAUCCAUUCCCGGCCCAACCUAGGAUAAAGAGUUGGCAGAGCUUUGCACAGAUGUCAGACUCUCAAACCUUCAAGAUAAGUAUUCACAAGAAAUCCAAAGGACUGGGUGUAUAUGGAGAAGAUAAAAACCUUUCUGGGUUCUCCUGUUCCUUCAAAUGCCCUGGUAAGAGUAAAAUGUGUUUAAAGGAGAUGGAGGAGCAUUUGAGAUCAGUUCAUAAUACAGCUCCGCGAUUCUACUGUAAGCUAUGCCAGGAUAAGAACGGGUUGGAAUCCUACUUCAAGUUUAACAACCAUCUUCUACAAACCCACGGAGGUUUCUGUGAAUCUCACAAUGUUAGGUUCAGCACUGUUACUGAGUUCCAUGAACACAUGAAGAAGAAUCAUCUUAUAUUCCUGGAAUUAUGUUACGAGUGUGAGAAACUUUGUUGGAGUGAAGAGGAGUUCAAAAAUCAUGAGAUGGUUUUUCAUUUCAAGAUAUAAACUUCAAUAUAAUUUUAAUAAUAGAAGGAAUAUUUUAGAAUCUCAAAAUCUACCGGAUGAUAUUUAUUUGAAUUCAGAAUAGUCUAAAGAUAUACUUUUCAGUUUGAAAAUCACUAAAUUUAUUGGAUUUACUUUAAUAGGAAAAACAUUAUCUCUUUUCCUCACUGAACAUAAGCUGUACAUUUAUUCGAUCUUCAUAUAUGUGUUUGUAUUAUUUAUAAAAAAUCUUUUUUGUGUAAA